AUGCCUCCGAAACCUCCCAAAGAGAUCGGAAAUGGACGUUUCGAAGUUCAAAAAGCACUUGGCGCCGGAUGCUUUGGCCAAGUCUGGAAAGGUAUUGAAAAGAGUAGUGGAGAAACCGUUGCCAUAAAGUUCGAGGACAACCAAGCGAAAGGUGCUCCGAACCAGCUGAAGACGGAGUAUGACACGUUGCGGAUUAUCAGUGCCGCGAACGAGAAUGCGCAGGGCUUCUCCAAGCCAUUUUGGUUCGGGGUGGAGGGCCGCUUCAGCUGUCUAGCGAUGGAGCUGCUCGGCCGGUCCUUAGAGGACCGAAUGCAGCAGUGCGGCAAGAAACUCACGCCGCAAUCUUGCGUGCUGAUCAUCGAUCAGAUCCUUCGGCGUUUGGAGUUUCUCCAUUCCCUCGGCCUCAUUCACCGAGACAUCAAGCCUGAGAACUUCAUGUUUGGUGUUGGGCGUAAGGUCCAUGUUCUGUACCUCAUCGACUUCGGCCUCGGCCGAAGGUACUGGCGAGACAAGCAGCAUGCACCGCCGAGGCCCUCAGAGCCCCAGGGGUUUUGA